CCUAGAGAAAGCAUUGCCUUCUCAGAGUAGAACCACAAAUGCUUCCCAGAGAAAGCAUUAGCAAGACCAAGUUUUUCCUCCACAAAACUCUUCAAAAUUUCAAGUCCUUCUUCUUUGGUGAGUAUCAAAAGCUACCCAGAUCAUUUUCCUUCAAUCCUUUCUCUCGUAGAAGUGGCAAUGCCGAGACCUACACAAGCGAACAAUUCUACCUUGAGUUUUAUGAUCAGUGGCAAUCUGAACUCAGGAGGUUAAAGAUGAUUGAAGAAGAAAAUAGCAUCAUCAUAUCAGGGUUGAAAUCAGAAGAGCCAGAGAUAUUGGAGAAUGCAGCUGAAUCUACUGAAGCCGUAAUGGGUUUUGUGAAGCAAAGUCCAGCGAAGAAAUGCAUUGAAGGAAAAGAAGAAGGAGAAGAAGAUAGAGGAAAAGAGAAGAACCAAAAAGAAAAUCUGAGUUUAGCUAAGGGAAAUGGAAGAGGAAAAGUUCAAGUUUUAAUACAGAAGAUGAAGGAAAUGGAGAUGAUGGAUGUUGAUGACGUGGAGCACUUACUGGACAUAGAAGAGGCACUCCAUUACUAUUCUCGCCUCAAGUGUCCAGUUUACUUAGAUGUUGUGGACAAGUUUUUCAUGGAGAUGCUCUCUGAGUUCUCUGUUCCUCCUCGUUUACCAGAACCAAACUCUUAAAUGGAUACCCGCAUUACAGAGUGUUUAUGUACAUGAAAUCUGUUUCAUCUUACUAUGUCAUGCCUCCCAUUUUCCAUCUCAUGGUGUGCUGUGUGGUUGACUUGUUUGGUUUGAAUUCCCACAAGCUA